CGCUCUAGAAAACAUUGGAAUCAAGUUCUACUAGAAAACAUUGGAAAUUUGUUUUAAGUGAACUUCUGAAUCGUUAUUUUGGCGGCAGUGGCGAAACUCCAUAAAAUUGAAGGAACUACGAAUACGGAUUGUAGCUUCUAGUUCUUGCAAUGUCUGAAGCAGAAUCGAUGGGAGUGGAUGUGGAAGAAAACCUGGCCAAUCCGACCGGGGAAGACGCAGAAGCUGCAAUGAUCGAGGAGCAGCAAUCGUACUCGUGGCCAGUGAUUCAAUUCGAUGCCCCUCCGCAGAGAACUUACCAUUUUUACAACCAGUUUCGAACUGGUCGGAACCCUAACAACUUCCUCAAGGGCGUGAAAUGGUCGCCUGAUGGGUCGUGUUUUCUAACAAGCUCUGAGGAUCAAAGUCUUCGCAUAUUCAACCUAUCAGAUUAUGGCAAUGAUGUUCCCGUCGGUGUAGCCGCUGAAGAUGAUUCUUUUACUUCCCACCUUGUUGUGGAUGAGGGGGAGUCAGUUUAUGACUUUUGUUGGUAUCCUUACAUGUCUGCUUCAGACCUUGUUACCUGCGUCUUUGCAAGUACCACACGUGACCAUCCAAUUCAUCUCUGGGAUGCAACGUCAGGCGAGUUACGUUGCACAUAUCGAGCUUAUGAUGCCAUGGAUGAAAUCACUGCUGCCUAUUCAAUUGCAUUUAAUCCAGCUGGAACCAAAAUAUUUGCUGGAUACAACAAAUUAGUGAGAAUAUUUGAUUUACAUCGGCCUGGUAGAGAUUUUAAGCAGCACUCGACCCUACAAGGAAAUAAAGAAGGGCAAACUGGCAUCAUAUCUGCAGUUUCCUUUUCUCCUACACAUAAUGGAAUGCUCGCCUUGGGUUCUUAUAGCCAAACAACUGGAAUCUAUAGGGAAGAUAAUAUGGAAUUGUUAUAUGUUCUACAUGGCCAAGAAGGUGGAAUUACACAUAUCCAAUUUUCAAAAGAUGGAAAUUAUCUAUACACUGGAGGUCGGAAGGACCCAUAUAUACUUUGCUGGGAUAUUCGCAAAUCUGUAGAUGUUGUGUACAAAUUAUACAGAUCAUCGGAACAUACCAACCAACGGAUAUAUUUUGAUAUUGAGCCAUGUGGGCAACAUCUUGGCACAGGUGGUCAGGAUGGUUUAGUUCAUGUAUACGAUCUUCAAACUGGGCAGUGGGUAACAAGUUUUCAAGCAGCACUAGACACGAUCAAUGGGUUCUCUUUCCACCCAUAUCUGCCGACGGCUGUCACUUCAUCAGGUCACCGAAGAUUUGUAGGACCUGAGAAUGACGAUGGCGAUUUAUGUUUGCGUGGUGAUGAAAAUUGUGCUUCUGUGUGGAGUUUCAAUUUUGCUUCAUCGGGGGAAGGUGAUGGUACAACACCAACUGAGCAAAAUUCAAGCCAAGGUCUCUGAAUUAUUAUUACUAUUUUUUGAUUAGUGUAAUUCUAACUUGCAUAAACAUUCCUGUGCAAUUAGCAAUCGAACUGUGCAGCUGCAUAACUAUCGUAUAAUAUUUCGUGUUUAAUUAUAAUUUAACAUAGUAUUAACCCA